CCCUCCUGCGCAUAAAAGUAGAAGUGAAACAUAAAACCGAUGAUUCUAUCGUUUCUACGUGAACGGUAUUAUUUUUUAAGGAUAGCGUUCAUAUUUAUGUCUAAUUUUGAAUUAUUUUAAUAAUAAUAAAACUGUAAACGUGAUUUAUUCAGUUAGUGUUUUAUUGUAAAAAUAUGAAUUUGCCAAGGUUCUCUUCCGUAAGAGAUAAACCUAAUUAUUAUGCUAAACCAGAAGGAACGGAUCCUUUCCAAAAACUUAGAGCUGUCACAGCAAUAACUUUCAAAUCAUCUGUAUUAUUUGCAUUGUAUGAUGCAUAUUUGGUUUGCCGAGCUCCAACAAUGCAUCAAGCUGCAAUCAAUGCGGCACGUAUAAUAUUACCAAUAAAUUUUGGAGCUCUAUAUUUGACAUCUGCUAUAUACAUAUCAACACGUAUAAGAGAAACAGAUGAUUUAGGAAAUUAUGCUAUUGGUGCGAUCGCUACUGGUCCGGUAAUUCAUAGGAUACUCAAAUGUCCCUUCUUCAAUACCGUACAACUGACGAUACUACUUGCAUUUUGCGCAGUGAGCUACAAGGGAUUACAAGAAGACGGACAGUCUGGAUAUUCAUUAGGUAAUCGCUGGGCUGGUAGCACUAUGCAACACUAUGAAUAG